GUAUGGUUGACAUUUCAAGUGGGUGAAUGGUCUCAUGCUCUUUGUGUGGCAGGUCCGUUGUGCACUCAGCAUGACCGUUUGUAUCUGAACAGUGACUGGCUUUCCACCACACCAAGUACCCACCACCUACUUAAUUAAGUGCCUACCUGCCUACAUCACCUCAUCCUUUCUGACGCACCUACCACGACCACGACGACCACAACAACAACCACGACCACGACCUCCACGUCCACGUCCACACCCAACUCAUAACACCUUUUCCACAUUCCCGGUCGCGCUCAUCACACCAUAUUCAUCUCCUGCGCCAGAGACGGCUCCCUUUCCCCACUUUCCACUGCUCCAGUACCUCCCCUCCUGAUACGUGACUGCGCGUAUUCCACUACAAUCAAAACAUACAUAUACCACACCUAACUGCGUGCGUCACUUUCCCAAGUGCCACCACCUCAAUUCAUCUGCACCACUUCAUCAACACAUAUUCGACCCAGCCUCCACUACCCCUCCGCCGCCAUGACCAUUCCUCACCCCACGUUGUUCAACAUGCAUAAGACACUUCAGCUCUUUCGCACUGACAAUCGGAAGCACUCAAGCGUCCACUCGCAGUUGAAGAAGACUAGAGAGCAUCUUCAUUUAGUAGGGCAGAUGUCGAAGAAGGACCGCGACAUCAUGGACCAAACAUGGGGUCGAUUGCGCAACCGAUCCACUGCUGACGGACUGGCUCCCAAGGCCUCGAUGGAAGUGGCAGUGGCUGAGAAUAAGACUGAGACCAUGACCAAGCCAGUCAAGAAAGAUCUCCGAGCCAAGCUAGCUACCUAUGAGCUACGCCUCCUCGAGAAAAACGUCCAGGUGGAAGCAUUGAAGAUGCAGCUGAUGCCCCAACACACGAACCUGAAAGAGUUGCAGCGAGCCCACCAGCACGAAACUACAGCAAAAGACGCAGAGAUCGAAGAGCUGAAAGCCGCUCUCGAUGUUGCUACCAAGGAGAUCAACACCAAGGAUGAAGAUGUCCGAAAGCUCAAAGAUGAGCGUAGAGCUGCCGGCCGCCGAUACUGGGAUCGUUGCAACGAAAACAAGAAACUGCAGUGGCGCAUCAAGGAGCUCGAGGAGGAGCAACAAGAAUUACUCAAUACCCCCUCCGAUGACACUGACGCCUCCUCGCCACCACCAUCCACCAAAAUCCUCGCAAACGAAACCAACCCGGAUCAGGCCAACCAAGAACCCGUCGUGCCCGCUCCCCCGCUAACUCCUCCACAAAACUCCCUCACAUCCACACCCACCCCGCUCCAACUCCUUAUCCAACUCAACACCGCCAACCUCCGACUUCGAGAUUUCCAAUCCCACGCCCAGACACUGAGCCAGGAGAGCGAGAGCCUCAAGGAGUCAAUUGCCACUCUCCGUCAUACCGUGGACGAGCAGCAGCGACAGGCCGAAGCGCAAGAAGCCUUUCUUCGCGGUAAAAUCGGAGGACUGGCUCAGGAGAGGUGGGAACUCCAGCAUUUCCUUAUGGAUGAGUAUAGAGUGGUCGCCAGCAAGAAGGAGGAAAUCGCUCGCUUGAAUGGUGCGCUUGAGAAUGCGCAGCGACUUCAGCGUGGGGACGCCUAA